UGGCAGCUAAAAGCAGCAUCCUCCGGCUGCCUCCUCACUUUCCUUCGCUGCAGUCGGAGCUUCGCGUGUCUAAAAAACUAACAAGUUACUGAACUUUUCGGUGUAUUUCCGUCUGUAAACAUGGGUCACCAGAUCAACCCGUGCCUCAAACGCACCUUCACCGUCUUUAACAUCUUAUUCGCGCUUGUUGGCGCAGUCAUCAUCACGAUCACGCUGCUGGCUCAAGUCUUCACCAACGUCAAUGGAGACCUGGAGGGUCGGGACACCGGCCUCCUCGUCCUGUACAUUGUGGGCUCCGUUACGAUGGUGAUCGCCAUCCUGGGAGCCUAUGGAGCCUGCAAGGAGAGCAAAGUGUCCCUGAUCGUGUUCCUGGUGUGUAUGGUCAUUGGAAGUCUGCUGAUGCUCCGAGCUGGGAUCCCCGCCGCCGUCGCCCGCCCCAAGCUGGAGGGCUUCUUGGAGGAAAAGUUCCGCGCGGUGCUGCCUCUGGACAAAGCUUCUGAGGAUGUGAAGGACAUGGCCGACGCCAUUCAGACACAGCUGCACUGCUGUGGUCUGUUCAGUUACGAGGACUGGGAGGGCGACAUCCCCGACUCCUGUCUGUGCAACCAGGUGGAGGAGAUGGAGGGAAAGUGUCAGACUGUGACCUACAGACUGCUCAUGCUGCAGAAGCAGAGGUCCAUCUACAUCAAGACCUGCUUCCCCAUCAUCAUCAGCUACGUCCAUAUGAUCGCUGACAUCACGAUCGGCAUCAUCUUCACUCUGGCUAUACUGGCGCUGCUGGGCUUGAUUCUGUCCUCCAUCAUGAUUCACCAGAUGCGUUACCCGGACCGACCCACCAUCCUGCUGUCUGUCCCCACCAUCUUCACCACUUCUCCUCCCAAAUACCAGGAGCUGCACAACCCCCCACCGCCUUACUAGAGGAGGAACACCGCCACCUGCUGAUAGCUUGAUGUUCAGGAAGCAGAGCGUUUGUGUUUUAUUCUUGAGGUUGAGGCGAUUUAUGCAGACUGUGUGUCCAAAGUGCCUUAUGUUACUGUGAGGAGUCUGGACGGUUGGCUCCAUUGAGAUCAAUGGAAACCUGAUAGAAACUUUAACAAAAACACCACUGGGAUUCUUUUUUCUUUUUAUUAUAAUUUCUUUUUUUUUCAUGUGAAGUAGCUUUAAACAGAUCUGCAAUGUUAUGUUAUUAGUUGAGAGUGAAUCUGAUUGGUCAGAAGGCGGGCGCAAGGAUUUCAUUUCGAUCUCAAAGCAAAGUUGUUGUUUAAGUUUAGAAGAAAAUAAUUUGCCCACCGUGGGAUAAACAUUACAAAAGUACUUUUAAUAUCGAAAUUGUGACUUUUUUUUUUUCUAAGGCGUUUGGCUCUAAAAUCCUCUUCUGGAGACACAUAAAUGUUUAAGUCAAGAUUACAAAAUAAUUUUAGAUCUCAACAGUAUAUUUUAUGUAGAGACACUAAUUCUCUAAGACUAAUGUCUCUAUGUCGAAAGGCAGACCUUUUUUUUUUUUACUGUUUGGCCCUAAUCCUCGUUUGCAUACAACAUAAUCAAGAAAACAUCUCUCAAUAUGCAAAAUUAAAAAAAACAUUGAGUUGAAUAUUUAAAUUUAUACUUUUUUCUGACAGUUUUCGUGUCAUGUAUGUUAUACAAAAGAGAAGACCAAAAGAAAACCCUAAAAAGCUGUGAGAAGGUCAAAAUGUUUACUUUAAUCUCAAAUUUUCUACACUUUAGAGGAUUAGAGCCAAACUUCAUAGAAAAAGUCCAAAUUUAAAGGGUUUUUUCGUGACUCAUCGACCACAAACAUCAACUUCACUUGAUCGUGCAGAAAUCUUUACCAACUGCCUCUCUGGCCUUUCUUUUCAUUCCACACCUUUUUCAGGAGAGCUUCAAUCUUUUGUUUUUCUUUCGCUGCACUUUUACUGAAGAUUGUUUUAAAACCUUAACUCCUCAUUUAGUUCAACAAAUGUACAAAAAACAGCAGCAUAUGGCCUCGUAGUGCCUGGAGCAUUGUUUGUCCUGCUGAAGCACUUAUAUGAAAAAAUAAUAAUUUUGAGCUGCUAGCUUGGCUGUAGACUUAAACACUUUUGACAGUGUAAAGUUCUUCCCAAACCUGGACUCACUGUUUGACUUGACACAUGGCACUUUUGUGUACAUGUACAUCCGGUACUUUGUGUUCGGGAAUGUCAGUGUACUUUCUCUGUUCAUCAUAUCAUUACGUUUGUCCUAAAUAAACCUUUUAAUAAUACACAUUAGAGCGUAGAGCAAGAUGUAAAAACCUGUUGGGAACAUUGAAAAAUCAAGGAUUUUCUUUUGGGAAAAAAAACUUGAGUUGCCAUGUUGAUGAAGCUUUAAAAGCACGUACUGUUUGGAGUUGUGAGGUUUAGACAGCCUAAUAUUUUUUUUUUUAUAUAUAGUAAAAAGGGAGAAAAACAGUCACUUUAUUAGAUGAAUAAGCCGAUUAAUGUCUGUAAAAGUGGGGAAAAGGGAAAUACUUUUGAUUUUUCUUCUGUUCUUUGCCUUGUUUGAUUCUUGUGAGCAGACAUUUCCAAAGACUUGCAGAAAUAAAAACAAUAAAAAACUCUUGUGUGAAAUACUAA